CCCACCCCACGCGGCUGUUGGCGCCAGACUCAAACAGGGAGGCCGUCGCGCGCACCAUGUCAAAGAAAAAAGGACUGAGUGCAGAAGAAAAGAGAACCCGUAUGAUGGAAAUAUUUUUUGAGACAAAAGAUGUAUUCCAAUUAAAAGACCUCGAGAAGCUUGCUCCCAAAGAGAAAGGCAUCACUGCUAUGUCAGUAAAAGAAGUCCUUCAGAGCUUGGUGGAUGAUGGGAUGGUUGACUGCGAGAGGAUUGGGACUUCCAAUUACUACUGGGCCUUCCCGAGCAAAGCUCUUCAUGCCAGGAAGCGCAAGUUGGAAGCUCUGAACUCUCAGCUGGCGGAGGGAACCCAGAAGCAGGCAAACUUACAGAAAAACAUCGAGAAAGCCAGAGUUGGCCGGCAGGAAACAGAAGAACGAGCCAUGCUUGCAAAAGAACUUUCUUCAUUUCGUGACCAAAGGGAACAACUUAAGGCAGAGGUGGAAAAAUACAGAGACUGUGACCCACAAGUUGUGGAAGAGAUACGUCAAGCAAAUAAAGUAGCCAGAGAAGCGGCCAACCGAUGGACUGAUAACAUAUUUGCAAUAAAAUCCUGGGCCAAAAGAAAAUUUGGGUUUGAAGAAAGUAAGAUUGACAAAAACUUUGGAAUUCCAGAAGACUUUGACUACAUAGACUAAAAUGUUUGGUGGUGAUAGAGGAACUGUGUGCUUAUGACUAUGCCAAGUUUUAACCAUCUAACUGAUGGUACCAAAUUACCAUCUAUCUGUUCACUGUUCACCAGUCUACAAUUUUAAAUAAAGUG